CAGUUUCCUUUUGAGCAAGUGCUUUCCUGCGCUAAACACAUUUCGUAGAGGAAGAGAACUUGACAUCGUAUGAGCACUCUCAGCUAUUAAAUGUACCCCUCAAAGAUCCUCAGAAUGAGAUUUCCAGGGGAGAUCAUUUGGCUUAUAUUGUGGGCUGUUUGUGUUUCAGAAGAAAGAUGUUUAAAAUCAGAGAUAGCAAUUGAAAAUGGAUUUUUUUCUGAAUCUGAAUUUGCAUAUCCCUUGAAUAAAGAAACAAAAUAUCAGUGUAAAUCAGGAUAUGUAACACCAGAUGGUAAAACUUCAGGAUCAAUUACAUGUCUGGAAAGUGGAUGGUCUCCUCAACCCACAUGUAUUAAAAUAGAAUGCAAGGUUCCAGAAGUAGAAGAAAACUUAAGUGUUACCCCCAGAAAGGACAAAUACAGAGUUGGAGAUGUGUUGAAAUUCUCCUGCAGAUCAAGACUUAAAAGAGUUGGACCAGACUCAGUUCAAUGUUAUGACUUUGGAUGGUCCCCUAACUUUCCAACAUGUAAAGAGCAAACAAAACAGUGUGCUCCACCUCCUCAACUCCUCAAUGGGAAAGUUAAAGAAACACCAAAAGAAAUCUAUGAACACAAUGAUUUGGUGGAAUAUGUUUGCAAUACUAGAUUUCUGAUGAAGGGUUUUAAAAAAAUUCAGUGUGUUGAUGGACAAUGGACAGACUUGCCUAUGUGUAUUGAAGUUAGCACGCAGCCGUGCCCCCCUCCACCUCAGAUUCCCAAUGCUCAAAAUAUGGCAACGACGGUGAAUUAUCAGGAUGGAGAAAAAGUAUCUGUUGUCUGUCAAGACAAUUAUAUAAUUCAGGGUGCAGAAGAAAUUGUGUGCCGAGAUGGAAGAUGGCAGUCAAUACCACGCUGUGCUGCUAUUUCCUGUGAGAAUCCACCCAAAGUAGAAAAUGCUAUUAUACUAAAUGAGAAGCCUAGGUAUCUACCUGGUCAGACUGCACGUUAUGAAUGCAUCAAACCUUUUGAAUUGCUUGGGGAAGUAGAAGUGACAUGUUUAGACGGAUAUUGGUCACAACCGCCUCGGUGUGCAGAACCUAGUGGAAAAUGUGUGUCUCCUCCAUCUAUUGACAAUGGAGACAUUACCUCAUUCCCACUACCAGCAUAUGCUCCGGGAUUGUCAGUAGAGUACAAAUGUCAGGCCUUCUAUGUACUUCAGGGACCCAGGACCGUAACAUGCAGAAAUGGAAAGUGGUCAUCACCACCAAAAUGCUUAGCACCCUGUGCAGUAUCAGAAGAAAUCUUGAGAAGACAUAAUAUAAGAUUUCGAUGGUCUUAUGAGAAAAAAAUAUAUUCUAUGACAGGGGAUAUGAUUGAAUUUGAAUGUCUUCGUGGAUAUCGUAAAAAGACACCAAUGCAUACAUUCCGAGCCAUAUGUCAGGAUGGGAAACUGUUAUAUCCUGAAUGUGAAUAAAACAAUGAUUAAGAUGCAGUCCUAAAAUUAAAAUAUGUACAUUUAUUCAGAAUUUUUCAUUCUCAAUCCAAUUCUCAGUUUAUUUUUUCAAGUAUUGUGUAACUCACUUAUAUUCAUAAAUCAGAAUUUGUAUUGAAUAUUAUAUGCAUGAUGUGAUGAUAAUAAGAGGGAUGAAUAAAUCACUUCUUAAAAGCACCUCAUUAAAACUUGGCCAACCAAAA